AUUCUUAUACUCGACCCAACGACAAACAUAUCUUUCUACGACUGCCGUCAAUGAAGAGAGCCGAUCGCCCCUUUGAUGACUGGGAUGAUUGGUCCGUAUUUCAUUACAUGGAAAAACUUCACCUUAGUCUGCCGUGGGAAAAAGACAACGUCGGAGAGAGUUUAGCCGUUGGAGAUACACUUGACAACACCAACAGACAACCCGAGGAAGGGAGGCCACCGCCACACAUUCAGCGCAAGCAAAAUAUUGUAGACGUCUGUAUAAAAUGUCUCUUUUGUUUAUGCCCUACUCAAACUGCCGGAGACCACCAAAUUUGUGUGUUACCUUGUGGCCUUGUAUGUGGUUACUCAUGCAUGGCGAAAAUAAUCGCAGACGAAACCGAGACCUGUCCCAUGUGUGGGGAAAACCACAUGGAAUUCGACGUCACAAAACUGGACAUUCUCCCCGAGCAAAUGGCAACGGAGGAGUAAACUAUCAAACGGUAAAUCGUCCAGCCGAACUAAUUCAAGGAAGGCUGAUUCGGUGAUUGCGCGAGAAUAAGAUUAACGGGUUGUACUUUAUUUAAAUUCUUUGUAUUUCAAAUGCACAAUCGUACGUACUUC